UUAUAGCUUGAUUUCGUCUUUUAACACAUUAUAAAAACGGUUUUUUGUCACUAUAGAUCGGUUUCAAAUUUCACUGCUCAUGAGAUAUUUUCAUAACCUACUGGUUUUUAUCUAAUCUCUUACUGCAUUAUUCAAUCUACUCUUAUAUAUUUAUCUAAUGCGAUUGUUUUACUCGUGACUUGAAUUUGUUGUUCGUUUGAAUAGAAUACCCACUGAUAACAUACGAAAUGCCGACGUCGGAGUAUUCCAAAGAUACCGAACGGACUACAGAUGUACAAACCCACGAUCAGACACCUUUCAGCUCGAUUAUUACUAACUGCCCAAGAUUACUGAAAGGUCUUACUGCUUGUGGUUAUGUACAUGCUUCUCCAAUACAAGUUGCUGCAAUACCUACAAUUAUUGCUGGAAAUGAUACCAUAGUUGAGGCGAAAAAUGGAACAGGAAAGACGUUAUCAUUUGUUAUUCCUACAUUAGUAAGAUUGAAAGUAGAUCAAAGUAAUUUACAAACCAUUGUUUUGGCACCUACUCGAGAAAUCGCUGUUCAAAUACAACAGUGUUUCAAAAAAGUUGGGCAAUACCUGCCAGAUUUAAAAUGUGAAUAUUUUAUUGGGGGAACAUCAGUCGAGAUUGAUAAAGAAAAAGCGAAUGGCUGUCAAAUAGCUGUUGGUUCUCCAGGACGUAUCAAACAUCUACUUAAUGAGCAUGUAUUAAAAGGUUCUGAAGUAAAGAGCUUUAUUCUUGAUGAAGUUGAUAGAUUAUUUACAGACAAAAAUUUUACAAAGGAUAUUCGAGUGAUUGACUCAAAACUUCCUAAACUAAAGCAAAUGAUUGUUGUAAGUGCAUCAAUUGAUAAAAAGGAUAUGUCUAUCUUUGAUGAAUUUAUGAAAGAAUAUAUAGUGGUCAAAGGAGCAGAAGAAGACAUGAAUGCAUCACAAGACCCUUCUAAAUUCCUAUUAGGUAUUAAGCAAUAUGUUGCAUGCGUCAAAGCUGUCAGUACUAAUAUAAUAUUAUUACCUGCAAAAAAUGUACGACUCCUGAACAUCUUACACAAUUUACCAUACACACAAUGUAUUAUAUUUACUAAUUAUAUGACAAGAGUUGAAGCUGUUUGUAAUAUGUUACGUGAUCAUAACUAUAAGGCUGAUUAUAUUAGAGGUGAUCAAGAUCAAAACAUUCGAUUAAAAUUGGUAGAUAGAUUAACAUCUUUUAAAUCAAGAAUACUUGUUGCUACGGAUUUGAUAGCCAGGGGAAUUGAUUCGUCAAACGUCGAUUUAGUGAUCAAUAUGGAUUGCCCAAAUGACUCGGCAACAUAUCUACAUAGAAUUGGUCGAGCUGGAAGAUUCGGAAACAAAGGAAACGCUUUUACUAUAUUGGAUGAUGAUAAAGAAUUAAAAUCGUUUAAAAAAAUUAUUAAUAGUAUUGAAAAUGUUAAGAUAAAAAUGUUACCAAUUACAAUUGAAAAACCAAUAUUAGAUUAUACAGAUAAUGAACUUAAAGAUCUAGAUUUAACUGUUGAAUCGGAUCUUGUAGAAAAACAUCAAAAUGAAAAUAAUGUAUUAGAAGAAAAUGGAAAUAAAAUAAUUGAAAAUAAUCAACAAAGUAAUAAUGAAUUAAACAAUAUUGAUACUAAAUUAAUUACCAACAGUGUGUCAGUAGAGAGUAAACCAGUAAAAAAAAUAAAAUCUGUUUUUGGACCUGGCAUAUCUGAAGAAGAAUCUCUUCAAAAGCUUUGUAAGGUAGUUGAAGAAACAGAAAAAAAAUUAAUUGAAAAUAACUUAGUGAACAAAAAACAUUUAUCUGAUAGAUCAUUUAUUUUAUUCGAUCCAGAACCAUUUCUUGAUGAUUCUGAUCAGCAUACCAAAUUAAGUCCUGAAGAGCUUAAAGACAUUUUAAAAAAAUUUAAUUUUGAUUUUAAGAAGAAUGAAUUUGAUGAAAAAUCAAUGUCUGAAAAAUCUAUGCUUGAAAAAGAUAGUGAAAAGGAACUUUCAAAUGAUAGUCAUGUAUGUUUAGAUAAUGAUUUUGAGAAAAAUGGAGUUGAUGAAAAAUCAAUAUCUGAAAAAUCUAUGCUUGAAAAAGAUAGUGAAAAGGAAGUUUCAAAUGAUAGUCAUGUAUGUUUAGAUAAUGAUUUUGAGAAGAAUGAAGUUGAUGAAAAAUCAAUUUCUGAAAAAUGUAUGUUUGAAAAAAGUGGUAAAAAGGAACUUUCAAAUGAUAGUCAUGUAUGUUCAGAUGAUGAUUUUAAGAAGAAUGGAGUUGAUGAAAAAUCAAUUUCUGAAAAAUGUAUGUUUGAAAAAAGUGGUGAAAAGGAACUUUCAAAUGAUAAUCAUGUAUGUUCAGAUGAUGAUUUUAAGAAGAAUGGAGUUGAUGAAAAAUCAAUGUCUGAAAAAUGUAUGCUUGAAAAAGGUGAUGAAAAGGAACUCUCAAAUGAUGUAAAUCAUGUAUGCUUAGAUAAUGAUUUAUAUUAUCAGUCUAACAAUACUAAUGACAAAAAAAGUGCCACAGAUAUUGAUCAACAAUCACAGUACCAAUAUGCGCCUUUAAACAACAGUGAAAAACAAUUAUUGACUGAUGAAGUUAAUUCAGAAAGUAAUUUAUUAAAUAAAUCAAAUAAUGUUGAUACUAAAAUCCAUACAAAUACUAGACAACAACCACGGUUCACUAAUAUAUUCGAAUUAUUCCAAGUACCCGAUUUUAGUGAUUUAAAGCCUGCAAACUGUGAAAAUUCAAAUAAUUGUUCAACAAAUGAACAAUAUUCAAUUAAAGAAGAAAGUGAUAAAUCACACACAAUCCCUGAAAAAUAUAUUAAACAAGAACAAUGUGAUGAAAAACAAGAAGAAGAAGAAGAUGUAGAAGAAAAUGAUGUAUGGUUUACUGAUGAAGAAGAAUUUGAAGUGGAAGAAAAUGAAAGUUUUGAUGAAGAUAUUGAGAUUGGAAGUAGUUUCUAUGAAAAAAAUUCUAAUGAUGAAAGUAGUAAUCAUAGCGAAGAUGAUGAAAGUAGUAGAAAAUUAAAUAUAGAAAAUUGUUAUAAAUCGAUACAACAUAAUUCUAUUCGCAACAAUAUUCAAAAAAAAGACACAACAUUCCGAAGAGUCGUCAAUGACACAAAUGUUGAAAAUCAAUUAAUGGAUUAUGAUCUUCUAAACGACUGGUACCAGCAGUGGAGACAGCAAAUGCAUUUCAUCCAAACGUUGGUCAGGAUGAGUAAGUGACUAUAAAAUGGGGCUUGAAUUUAAAAGAACUGAAAACAAUAUUUUCUUGUACUGAAGGGGAUUUGAAACUUUGUGUAUUGUAAGUUAUAGUUUUUAUUUAAGUAUCAUUUGGUAAUUUUCAAUGAAUUUUUCGAAUAUUGUUUACAACGUUUUUGUAUAA